GGAAGUGUUGUUGCAGAUUGGGACCGUGGAGAAGCUGCUGAAGCUUCGUCGGUCCCUUCACGUGAUGAAGGUGAGGUGCCGUCUGUAGCUUCGGAGGUUAGCGAGGACGCUGCGCUGCCAAGACGGCAUGGGAGGGGAUUCUUUUUGUACCAAAAGAGUUGUCUUUUUAGCGAACAGAAGGAUGUUCCGAGCCAUUUCGGCGAGGAUUCCGAUCCUAACAUUGAUUCUGAUGAGCAGAAUCAAAUGAGAACUAACAAGUUUGGAACCAGGCAUGUUCUUGUUCUGUAUGAUUUCCCACAAAGUACUCGAACGACAGACCUUGAGAAACUACUGGAGAGGUUCAAAGAACAUGGCUUUGCAAUUUGGUGGGUUGAUGAUACUACAGCCCUUGCUGUGUUUCGAACACCGGAAAUUUAAUGACUUGAUUCAUGGAUGGGGGUUGGACAUGAAGCUCGGAUAUUGUGCUCAGGGUGACAGAACAGAGAAGGUUGGAGUGAUUGACAGUGAGUAUAUUGUUCACAAGGGAAUACCAUCUCUGGGAGGUGCAUCCACUAAAAUGACGUCCAGCCACAGAACUCUGGAUCUAAGAACCCAAGUUAGAAGGCAAUCAACUGCUGAAUUAGAAAAAUUUAAGAAUCGCUGGAAUCAAGCUAUGUUGGAAGAUGAGAAUUGGAAUGAUCCUUUUGAUCAUCAAAGAAGAAAGAACUCAGACGAUGAUCAUCAGUCAAUCUGAACCAUUACAAUUUUAAAGAAAAAGCAUUUCCACUUGUUCAUUCUGCUGGCGAUGACUUUUAAUGGUACGACAAGUAUCUUCAUACACAUUCAUACGAAUCAGAACAUGGAUGCGAUACUCCAAUUAUUUCCUUGCUGGCAUUUUUGAUGUCUACUAUGGAGAAAUACACAAAACAACAUCAACUGGCUUUCUUGAUGAUGAUCAUGAUGUUGACUUAUAGGUGUAUUUGUCAUAUGCUUUUUAUUUUGUGUUGAACAUAUAUACUUAAACAUUUCUUUUUGUAUGAAUUGAGGAAUUUAUCUUAUUUGUUGGUAUUUUAGGUUUAAA